AUGUCAACAACCAUAUGCAAGUCUUGGCGACUCGACUGCAUUUCCAGAAGACGAGGUUAUCUUUUCAUGGGUACUGUGUUUUGCAUUGAUUCUGUCCAAAAGAUGACUGACGAUGAAAUAUGGAAGGUCCGACUGAAACUGGGUGGAGAUGAGGAUGCUGUGCUGAAAACGCGAAGUGGUCAAAUGAAAACUCAGCUUGGAGAUAUGAAUGAUCUAAACACGUUAAGUGUCACCUUGCUCAUAAUGGGUGAGAAUGAAAAAGCAGAAAACUUUCUGCGAAUGAUACUUAACGAUACACCAGCCGAUAAUCCAACUAUUGCAACAGCAUAUGAUAGCAUGACACUUCUUUCAUUUCCACCAAAUCACCCUGAUCGUGCAACAACUUGUAACAAUAUAGCAGAGAUGUAUCGUGCACAAGUUAAUUAUGAUACAGCAUUGGAAUAUCAUGAGAAAGCGCUUGAAUUACGAUUGGUUUCAGUUCCACCAAAUCACCCUCAUCCUGCAACAACAUAUAAUAACAUGGCAAUUCUGUAUCGUGCACAAGGCAAAUAUAAUACAGCAUUGAAAUAUCAUUAG